CUUGUCAUAUUGCAGUUGCAUCUUAUGACUGUUUACAGCAGCAAAGCUUGAGAAUAGACAGUCUCAAAUCUUAUAUUAGCCAAAAACUCAAUCACAACUUCUUGGCUGGAGAGUUGCUUGCUGCGUGACGUCUUGCUGAGCCAGCUUAGAGGGUGAGGUCAGGUCUCAGUUUCUUUAAGCUCCGGAACCCAGUCUCACCUUCAAAGUCCCAGAGUCUAUUUACCAUGCUAGGAGGGAAGAAGGUUCCAGAGGAAAGUGUUUCGGGUGGGCCACAGAAAGGAGAUGACCCUCCGCUGGUUGUCCACCCAACUUUGGAGACACCGUGUGAUGGGUCUCCUGCUGGCUUUGUGUGUCACCUUGUUACUCAUGCUCCUGGCUACUCAGUCAUUGCAGCAUCCAAGCCACUAUGCUGGGCACAAGGGCCAUAAGGUGGAGGAGAGGGGAGCACUUUCUGACAAUGCUCUUCCAAACACCCCUGUCCCGUCCCACACUGCCCCUAACAGGAGGAAGGCGGUUCAGACACCCAAUCUGCAGCAUCAAAGUGACCCCAAUGGGUACACCUUUAUGAGGACAAGUAGGAGCCCUCCACCUGUAGCUUUCCUCAAAACACACAAGACUGGAAGCAGCACUGUUCAGAAUCUGAUGUUCCGCCUUGGGGAGAAGGAGAACCUCACUUUCGCCUUCCCCUAUUACGCAUACCAGUUCAGCUACCCAGAUAGGUUCCGAGCAGACUUUGUAGAUGAGCUGCCACCGGGUUCCUCUCAGUUCGACAUGCUCUGCAGCCACAUGCGGCUGGACCUGGGACAGGUGAAACAGGUGAUGCCCAGGAACACCAUCUAUAUCACCCUGCUGCGUGAUCCUCUACAGACCUUUGAGUCCGUUUUCAGCUACUACACUUCCACUGUACCCGCCUUCACUCUAGCCAAAAAGGCAGCUGACACAGCUAACAGGAAGUCCGCCCUCUCGGUCUUCCUGGAGGCCCCAGAGUCCUACUGGGACCCUACAGAACCUGGGAAUGGCCUAGCCAGGAACCCUAUGAGCUUUGACCUGGGCCUCAGCAGCCAAGAGUGGAACGCAUCCUGGCCCAUGGAGCUGACUCAGCUGGAGGAGGCCUUCCAGCUGGUGAUGAUCGCUGAGCACUUUGAUGAGUCUCUGGUUCUCCUGGGGGCUCUGCUGCAGCUGGAGCCUGAGGAGCUGGCCUAUGUGCACCUGAACGUCCGCGCCCCAUCGGACAUCACCCCGCUGGAGGACGACACCAAGGCCAUGCUCUGGGCCUGGAACAGUCUGGACGUGCUGCUCUACAACUUAUUUCUGCAGGUGUUCUGGGAGAAAGCUGAGCAGUAUGGCCUGGGGAGACUGAAAAGGGAGGUGGCCCUACUGAGGGCCUCCACACAGAGGCUCAGACAGAAGUGUGUGGCCAGAGAAGGAGUCCCCCCUGGUGAGCUGGAGGAUCUGGUCAGGCCCCGGCAGACCGACACAGUCACCAUCCUGGGAUACAAGGUACGAGGGAACCUGACUCUGCAGGAAGAGGGGCUCUGUGUGCGACUAGUGCUGCCUGAGCUACAGUACCACUCUCACCUGUAUUUCCAGCAGUAUGGCCAUGACAUGAGGUCCAUACCUACAGACUAAUGUGCAGCACUUUCCCUUUUAGAUACACCACUCAGUAUUUCUGCUUUUGAUGUACUUUUCCAAUAAACCAAAAAUACUAACAUU